AAGUUCUUUUCCACCAGGAACCUUGUUGAAAUGGUCCUCAAAAUGUGAAUUCCAGAAAGAAACCUCGAAGAAUGAAGCGUCACAGGAUUGGCCACAUCCUGAAUCAGGACAGUCUCUGAUUGGCUGUCGGACGAUCAUUAAACACCCACAUUGUCAAUAGUGGGACCCUUACGGUGGGUAUAUAGGCAGCCGUCUUGCAGCUGAAUGCAACAGACUCUAAAUCUCAUCAACUUGAAUUAACCCUUCAAUUUGCAACCAUCAACCAUUUUCUACUUCCAGCGAGCCGUUACGUUACCAGAAAAGCUUAAUUCCUUGCUACAGUGCACCAUGGUUAUGCUGAAGAUCUCUGCUUUCUUCGUUGCCUACGCUUUGAUUAUCUGUCAGAUGUACUGCUCAAAUGCAGCACCAUCCAGGCCUGCUCUGGAGCCAUUACCAGACGAAGCCAUGCUCUCUGACUAUGAGGCGAGGCGGUUGCUAAACGCGUUUAUCAAAGAGUUUGUGCAGAUGACUGCAGAAGACCUUGAUCAGCAGGAGACUGAGGAGAACAGCAUGGGCAGACCCAUGUCCAAGCGCUGCUCCAACCUGAGUACCUGUGUUCUGGGAAAGCUUUCACAGGAACUGCACAAGCUGCAGACAUACCCACGCACCAACGUAGGAGCGGGAACCCCAGGAAAGAAGCGCAGCGCAGAGCAUGUGUACAGAGAACCAUCCGAUCUCAUCUAAACGGCUCUCUGCUUUGGUCCCGAUAUCCGAGUGUCAAUGCAUGUGUAUUUCUUUUUGCUUGUCUGACUUGAUUUCCUCAUUUGUCCUUUUUUAAUCUUCAUUGGCAGAGACAGCGUACUUUAAUGUCUUUCUUUCUUAAUGUCUUACUUAUCUGUUUCUACCUGGGCAGCUCUCAUUGACAAACAGCCUCAGUUUGACCUGAAUAAACAUAUUUUUACAAAAGAAGUCUGUCUAUUUGCUUAUUGAGCAAAAAUGUCACGUUUUGCCAAAUGUCACGUUAAACCUAGUCUAAGAGUCUAUAGGUAAGACAACAACAUUAUCCUGACUACCCAAAUUUUUCAGAAUAAUUUUCAUUUUGUUUUCAUUUAGACAUGUUCAUGUUCUUGUUGGGUUUUUCUUCU